AUGGCGGACCAGAUCCCUCUGUGCCCGGUGCGCAGCGCGGCCGCGGCCAACCGCAAGCGCGCGGCCUACUACAGCGCGGCGGGGCCCGGGCCCGGGGCCGAGCGGCUCGGCAGAUACCACCUGGAAGACGAGUGUGCCCAUCUGGAUGAGAUGCCACUGAUGAUGUCUGAGGAAGGCUUCGAGAACGACGAAAGCGACUACCACACGCUGCCCCGAGCCAGGGCCCUGCGGAGAAGGCGAGGGCUGCGCUGGCUCCUCUGCGGAGGCUGGAAGUCCCUCUGCGCCAGUUGCUGCGAUCGGCUGAUGACUGUGUGUCGGAGGAAGAGAGAGCUGAGAGCUCGCACUGUGUGGCUCGGUCAUCCUGAGAAGUGUGAAGAGAAACAUCCCAGAAAUUCCAUCAAAAAUCAGAAGUACAACGUCUUCACCUUCAUCCCUGGGGUUUUGUAUGAACAAUUCAAGUUUUUCUUGAAUCUCUAUUUUCUGGUAGUCUCCUGCUCCCAGUUUGUGCCAGCACUGAAAAUUGGCUAUCUCUACACCUACUGGGCUCCUCUGGGAUUUGUCUUGGCUGUUACUAUCACGCGGGAAGCAAUUGAUGAAUUUCGGCGUUUUCAGCGAGACAAGGAAGUGAAUUCACAACUAUACAGCAAGCUCACAGUAAGAGGUAAAGUGCAAGUUCAGAGUUCAGACAUACAAGUCGGAGACCUCAUCGUAGUGGAAAAGAAUCAAAGAAUUCCAUCGGACAUGGUAUUUCUUAGGACUUCAGAAAAAGCAGGUUCGUGUUUUAUUCGAACCGACCAACUAGACGGCGAGACCGACUGGAAGCUGAAGGUGGCCGUGAGCUGCACGCAGAGGCUGCCGGCUUUGGGGGACCUGUUCUCCAUCAGUGCCCAUGUCCACGCGCAGAAACCACAGAGGGACAUCCACAGCUUCGAGGGCACGUUUACCAGGGAAGACAGUGACCCACCUGUUCAUGAAAGUCUCAGCAUAGAAAAUACAUUGUGGGCAAGCACAGUUGUUGCAUCAGGUACUGUAAUAGGUGUUGUCAUUUAUACUGGAAAAGAGACUCGAAGUGUAAUGAACACAUCCAAUCCAAAAAAUAAGGUGGGUCUGUUGGACCUUGAACUCAAUCAGCUGACCAAAGCGCUGUUCUUGGCGUUAGUUGCCCUCUCGGUUGUCAUGGUAACCUUACAAGGAUUCGUAGGCCCGUGGUACCGCAACCUCUUUCGGUUCCUCCUCCUCUUUUCCUACAUCAUUCCCAUAAGUUUGCGUGUGAACUUGGACAUGGGCAAAGCUGCGUAUGGGUGGAUGAUGAUGAGGGAUGAGAACAUCCCGGGCACCGUCGUCCGGACCAGCACCAUCCCAGAGGAGCUGGGCCGCCUGGUGUACCUGCUGACAGACAAGACAGGGACCCUCACCCAGAACGAAAUGGCAUUUAAGCGGCUGCAUCUGGGCACUGUGUCCUACGGCUCAGACACGAUGGACGAGAUCCAGAGCCACGUCCGGAGCUCCUGCGCACAGGUGCACGCUCAAGCCAGUGGAGACACCGGCAGUUCAGCCCCACCGAGGAAAGCCCAGUCUUCAGGUCCCAAAGCAAGGAAGAGUGUGAGCAGCCGCGUCCAUGAGGCAGUGAAGGCCCUCGCACUGUGUCACAACGUGACGCCUGUGUACGAGUCUCGAGCGGGCACCACCGGGGAGACCGAGUACGCGGAAGUGGACCAAGACUUCAGCGACGAGAACCGCACCUACCAGGCCUCCAGCCCCGAUGAGGUGGCCCUGGUGCAGUGGACAGAGAGCGUCGGUCUCACCCUGGUCAGCAGAGACCUCACGUCCAUGCAGCUGAGGACGCCUGGUGGCCAGAUCCUGGCCUUCUGCGUCCUACAGAUGUUCCCCUUCACGUCGGAGGGCAAGCGCAUGGGCAUCAUUGUCAGGGACGAGGCCACAGGAGAGAUCACCUUCUACAUGAAAGGUGCCGACGCUGUCAUGUCCACCAUCGUCCAGUACAACGACUGGCUGGAGGAGGAGUGUGGAAACAUGGCCCGCGAAGGUCUGCGCACCCUCGUGGUCGCGAAAAGGGCGCUCACGGAGGAGCAGUACCAGGACUUCGAGAGCCGCUACAUGCAGGCGAAGCUGAGUGUGCACGACCGGGCGCUGAAGGUGGCUGCGGUGGUGGAGAGCCUGGAGCGGGAGAUGCAGCUGCUGUGCCUCACGGGGGUGGAGGACCGGCUGCAGGCGGACGUGCGGCCCACCCUGGAGAUGCUGCGCAACGCGGGGAUCAAGAUAUGGAUGCUCACCGGCGAUAAGCUCGAGACGGCCACGUGCAUCGCCAAGAGCUCACACCUGGUGUCGCGCACACAGGACACGCACAUCUUCAGGCCUGUGGCCAGCCGCGGGGAGGCCCAUUUGGAGCUGAACGCCUUUCGUCGGAAGCAUGACUGCGCGCUGGUCAUCUCCGGGGACUCCCUGGAGGUGUGUCUGCGGUACUACGAGCACGAGCUGGUGGAGCUGGCCUGCCAGUGUCCGGCCGUGGUCUGCUGCCGCUGCUCGCCCACGCAGAAGGCCCACAUCGUGAAGCUGCUGCAGCGGCACACGCGCAGGCGCACCUGCGCCAUCGGUGACGGAGGGAACGACGUGAGCAUGAUCCAGGCCGCGGACUGUGGGAUCGGGAUCGAAGGGAAGGAGGGGAAGGCGGCCUCGCUGGCGGCGGACUUCUCCAUCACGCAGUUCAAGCACAUCGGCCGGCUGCUCGUGGUGCACGGGCGCAGCAGCUACAAGCGGUCCGCGGCCCUCGGCCAGUUCGUCAUGCACAGGGGCCUCGUCAUCUCCACCAUGCAGGCCGUGUUCUCCUCCGUCUGCUACUUCGCGUCUGUCCCGCUGUACCAGGGGUUCCUCAUGGUCGGGUACGCGACCAUCUACACCAUGUUUCCAGUGUUCUCGCUGGUGCUGGACCAGGAUGUGAAACCGGACAUGGCCAUGCUGUACCCGGAGCUCUACAAGGACCUCACCAAGGGCCGGUCCUUGUCCUUUAAGACCUUCCUCAUCUGGGUGUUGAUCAGCAUUUACCAAGGCGGCGUGCUCAUGUACGGGGCGCUGGCGCUGUUCGAGUCGGAGUUCGUGCACGUGGUGGCCAUCUCCUUCACAGCCCUCGUCCUCACCGAGCUGCUGAUGGUGGCGCUGACCGUGCGCACCUGGCACUGGCUGAUGGCCGUGGCCGAGCUCCUCAGCCUGGGCUGCUACGUGGCCUCGCUCGCCUUCCUCAACGAGUACUUUGACCUGGCCUUCAUCACCACGGUGACCUUCGUGUGGAAGGUGUCGGCCAUCACCGUGGUCAGCUGCCUCCCGCUGUACGUCCUCAAGUACUUGAAGCGCAAGCUGUCCCCGCCCAGCUACUCCAAGCUGACCUCCUAGCGCCGGCGCCGGCUG